CUGAGCACCAGGACACAGGUUCGAUUCCCACCCCCAGCACAGGGGUUAAAGGAUCCAUCGCUGCAACAGUGUAGGUCAUACCUGUGAAUAGGAUCUCAUCCCUGACUGGGGACCUCCAUAUGCUGUGGGGCAGGCAAAAAACUUUAAAAAAAACUUUUUCCUAAAGAAUACAUUUUUCUUUCUAACUGAAAGUCUGAUAAGAAACAAACUACAGCAUAAAGAAUGAAAAAAAUAUCCUGGUUUUCCAUUUCUUGGCUCAUGGAAACUAUAUCAGACCAAUAUUUUGUCUCAUCCCUGGUGGAUUAAGAGCAUUCUUCUAACCACUUAACUUGUGAGGUAAUUUUGUUUUUAGUAAUAUGGAAGUCCCACUCAGCAAUAAAACUGAAAAUGGUACUCAUAUUUUAGAAAAAGUGGACAAGUGUCCUAGUUUAUUUUGCUUACUUUUUAUCCUGGCCAUUUUACUCUAGACUGAAAUGGUACUCUGUUUGAAGCAGUGUGAUGUUUGGAACACCCUCUGUAGAGUAACUUAUAAAUAUUUAUUACCUCUUUAGAUAGCAGUGAGCUGAAGUUAUUUCCAUCAGUGGGGUUAAAAAAGAUUUAAAAUGCCAUUUAUCCAUUGGCUUUGCUGCUAGGAGUUACAUGUUAUUUUGCUUUUUGGUUGAGUUUACUUGUGUUUGUGAAACAAGUUUAGAUACUCUAGUGCUAAACAGUUUGGGAGGAUUUGGAACUCCAAAGAAAAGAUGCCUGAACAACGUGUGCAAAUUCAAAUCCCAGGGGCCCUACUGGUACUGAACAUUAUCUGCUCUGCAUUGUCAUGGUGAGGGUUUCAGUGGGAAUCUAGCCUUGAGUGGGAGCCAGUGGGAACUCCGUUUGUUCUGAGAGGCACUGUUAAGAUGACAGAAGAAAAUAUAGACAUAUCUGUGUGAACCUCAAAGUUUCCAUGUAGAGGCAUUUAAUAAUGAUUAUUUUUGAAAAAUACUUAUAAAAAUUACUAGAUUUGUCAUACUGACCUUUUAUUUCCCAGCCAUCUUUUACAUCCUCCUGAAUAAUAAGCAUAUUUUUCAUUCCAUUAUGAUGAUAUAUUUAUCACAUAAAUGCUUUGUUUUGUUUUACACCAUGAAAAAGGCACAUAAUUCUCCUUCACUCUAUUUACCAGUAGAAAUAAAUUGUAAAUCUAAUUUAAAUUCAGAUUUCUGGACUUUGUAAAAGUUAUUUUUGGCCUGUUCUUUCCAAUACAUUUCUAGGAAUUACUUAUGGAUCCCUAUUUACAACAAUUUCCUAAGAAAACAACUCUUUGGUUAGUGUAUUCUCAUGAUACUAAUAUUACAGAGGACUUUUAUAUAUAAAAUACUGACAAUUAUUUCAUUUUACCCUCAACUCUAUGAAUACAUAUUAAUAUCAUUUUCCCCAUUUUACAGCUGGCUUAGAAAGGUUAAAUAUCUCAAAGUUACAUUGUUAAUAAAUAAGAGAGCCAAAGAUUGAAUCCAAGUAUUUCACUCCAAAUCCUUUCAUUUUCCCAUUUACUAGAGAAUUAUCUUAAUAAUUGCAUUGGCAAAAGCACAUCCAGUCUUUAUUUCCUCUUUCGUUAUUCAAAUUUUGAUCAUUUUUCAGGUUGGGCCUUCUAUUCUUGUUACUCUGUGCAUUUCUGCAGGACCUUCACGACUGAUAUGGUUCCCAAAUUUUUUAUCUCCAACUGUCUAUCAGACAUACCUACUUGGGCUUCUCAGAGCCUCCCACAUACUAUAUAUAUAAAAUUAAAUUAUCUUUUCUCCCAAGUAUGUUCCUGCUUCUGUAGCCCUGUUUCAAUAGCCUUACAAUUACUCAUCAUGGAACUUUGGGUAUUGUUACCCUGAAUUUGUCUACUUUAUCCCUCACCCUACCCUACUCUACAGCCAAUCUCCAGACACUAUUUUACUUCUCUCCAUACUUCAGAUUUUACUCCCUAUCAAUUCUUCACACUACAACUAAGGAGAUCUUGUUAAGAGCAAUCUUUUCUAGCUUUCCCUUACUUAAACUUGUUGAAAAAAUCUCCCCUUUGGACAAAGCAUAGAGUCAUAUUUUCUUAGCAUAGAAAUUUAUCUCUGCAGUUGCAAUUCUCAUCACUUCCCUUCUUCCAGCCUUAUAUAUACCAUAAUUUAUGUUCUUGCAAAAAGCCACAAGACAAACCUAAAUUUUCAUUAGGCAUUAGUAAACAUUCAUUAAAGAUCACUUGAAUAAUUAUGAUCAAUGUCAUACACUACUACUUUAAACAGAAAUGUUUCAUUUACUUAAAGAUUCUAAGGAAAUCAAAAAGGAAAUUAAAAAAUACCUUGAGAUAAAGAUUCUAGAAAGCUUUCAUUUAUUUAAAUAUUCUAGACUAUGUAGUAAUUAGUAUAUUUCAUAGAAUUUCAAAAAUUCUAAAUCAGGGAUUAUAUUUUCUAUCCCAGUUUUACCAAUAAGUACAUUGAGCCUAAGAGAAUUCAGAUGACUUUGCCAAGGUCAACACAGGAUAUGAAAAUGUGACUGAAAUUUAAAUCUUCUUAAUUAAAAUCUACAACCUUCACCAUACCAUAUACUACACUGCUUCUGCCCCUGCAUGUGCCAUACAAAGAUAAAUGAAUUACUUGGAAAUUCACUCCACCCAUGUAAAGAGUCCAACUAGAACAUUUUCAUUUUCAUUUUUGUUUGAGUUUCUUUUACUUCAUCUGCACUGUGUUGUGUUGAGUGCCACAAGUGUGUUUCACAUGUGCCCCUAUCCAAUCUCUAAAGCCACAAAAGUACACAGGGCAGCACUGUUCACUAAAAGUAUAUUUGAAAAUAGACUGUUAGGAAUGCUUAAGACUGAUAAUAAUAGACUGAUUAAAGGAUGGUUCCUGACACUGCAUAAGCUUAAGUAUGCUAAUCAGAUUUUGGAUUUAGACAACCCAGAUAAAUCCCAAGUAGAACAAGACAAGGUACUCAAAUCUUUACUUCAUAUUCUUGCCUUUCAAAAUAUUUAUUGCAUUUUUAUCUCUGUCUCUAGAGCUGAGGAAUUUAUGAAGGCUUUGCCGAGGUGAACCUCAGCCCACUAAUGAAGCAAGCCGAAAAUAUAUAGAAGAUCUUAAAAGAGAAGUUAAAGCAGACACCUCAGGAGCUUUGCUUCAUCAGAUUAGGACAUUAGGGAAAUCUAGGGGAAAAAGGAGAUGAGAAUACAUGUGCUUCUAUGAAUAGAAACCAGGAACCCCCUUUUCUCCCUGAAGAUAAGAAACAACCUCCAACUGACAGCAAAACAAGUAGGAAGAAGGAAAAUGAUGAUCCUCCUUCAUCCAUUUCUCAUCACCUAGAGAAAGUCUUAGCAGUGGUCAUGUUUAAUGACUGUGAAGAAUCAUUAUCAGGAAAAAUUACACUGCAGUGUUUUCCAAACACAUUAGAAGGCUUUAAACCAGCAAAAGGCAAAAUUAUUACAGAAGUGAAAUGCGGGACUAUCAGUGUACAAGUAGAAAUCAAGAAGGGAUUUUUCUGUAAAACAGGAAUACAGUUCCAAACAAAAAAGUGAUGUUCAAAGUGUCACCAGUAUUAUUCCAUCAGAUACAUUCAGAGAUGCUGCACCUCUAGAAGCUGCUCUUCUAAAUAUAAGAAUAUGUCGGUGGAAGAAAUAAAACGUAAGACACCAUCUAAAUCUGGAAGAGACAUUGCCAGAACUGAAAGCCUCUCACUGAAAGUCAGCAUUGUAGGAAAAGGAAUUAAGGUUAAAUACAUGAGUAAGAAACAGAAUAUAUUAAUAAGUAUAACUCGUCCUAAAAGAAGUGGAAAACUAGCUAAAUACAGAAAUAUUUCCUCCAAUCACACUACUAAAGAAUGUUCCAAGUCUUUUGCACAGGCUGAUAACAGGUGCUCUGAAAAGUGGCAGCCUGAAAACAAGAAUCAGAGUUCAGACUGUUGGCGUGUCUCUCCUAUUGUGUCUGUUGGCCAGAAGGAAGAGAAUUUUGAUACGACUGUGGUUUCUCUGUGCUCAACCCCUGAGAGGGAGAAUAAGCCUGAUGCACUAUCUUCAGUAUUAAAGGACUAUGAGGUAGAAUCUGCCACAUUUCAGCAGAAGGACUUUAUAACUAGUAAGAAUAACUCCCAAAAGAAACAUUUCUCUGAGGCUGAGAUGCUUUUCAGAAACAUUCUUCCUGUUUUGCAUGAUACCCUAAAGACCACAAGUUUAAGUGAUACAGACUUGAGUACAAUGCCUUUUAAGGAUCCCAAAGAUACACACAGAGAGAGAAAGAUCAUCCUUGAUAAACUAGAAAAUAUCACAUCAGGUUCACAUAUACAGCAUAGCACAGACGGAAUAAAUUAUUUGCCAAGUAUCAUUACUGACAUCUUUCCAGUUCAAGAUGACUUUCACUUUUGUUCUUUGUCGUCUCUGAGUGAGCAGCUCACAGGAGAAAAGGCAGACAAUAUUCACUGCAAAGACAGCAAAAUUCCACCUGCAGAUUGCUAUGAGAACUCAAAUUCUUUAUCUUUCCCUUCUAUUCAAAAUGCUCUGAAAUCCUCCACCUCUUUCAGCCUAUUACACUGGGCCACCAAACACUCAGGACCUAAAGAAACCCCUGGGGAUACAUUUUCCUUUAAUGACUAUGCUGGACUUUCAAAAGACUAUGAGGAAGAGCGUGUUAAUACGACUGACAGAAACUUUAAUCGAACCACUUUAUGUACUGACUCUCAUACAAAAACACAGAAGCUAUUGGAAAUGAAGAGUACACAGCAUCCAACUCUUAGCCCAGCAAUCUCCAGCAGCCUCUCUGCUGGCAGUCCACACAACAGCAGUAUCCAAAGCACUUUAGACUGGGGUCAGAAAGAGUCCCAGUCAAGUAACCCAGAGAAAGAAGUCCUCAGCAAAACAAAAGUGCCAGUUAUGACCUUAAUAACAGAUAAGUUAGACCAAAGAUUAAUUAUUCAAAAUGAUAAAGAAGGCCCGGUUUAUUCUAAUUAUCUCACAGAUAUGAAAAACCCUAUAGAGUCACCGAGCACUCUGGGAAAUGCUGAAAAAGACAAAUUCCAGAUAAUUAUGCCUGCAGUAAAUAAUGUGAGCUACAGAGAUUCUGAAGACCUUUCAAAAAAGAACCAUGAUGAAGUCUGUUUUCAAACACAUUUUCCAAACAGUGUUGAGUUCAACUGUGCAGUGUGUGCUACAGAUAAUCUGCUUCUUAUUGAGAAAAUACUGACCAGUGAUACAGACCAACAUGAUAACCAUGAUGAAAAGAGCCUUGGACUAACCAGACUUAAACAGGAGCUAACAGAGUGCCAGAAGAUUAUAUCAACAGAGCCAAAUUCUGAAGAUAAAAAUGACCCCAAGGAAACCUACUACCACCAAACAGAUAUACUGCUAUCCCCUCAGAAGCAGAAAGCUUUGGAAGAUUGGAAUUUGGAAAUAAAUAGCCACCGAAAGUUAUCCCAAGAAUUGGCUCCAAGAGGUGCACAGGUCAGCGAUGGCUCCCAGGAAGAAGCAGUAGACCAGUGGGCAAGAAGGAGGCAGCAAUUCAAAGACGGUAAACGAUGCAGCUCAGCUGGGGGAAGUUCCUUUGCCAGCACCAUCACUGAAGGAUCUAUCACCUCAGAGGAUGGCUGUUCUGUGGAUCUCGGCUUUCGAGUUAGUAUUAAAGAAAAAGGAUUCUACACAGAGAAUUUCCAUUCAUCAGCAUGGGUUUUUCAAGGGGACGAUGGGAAUCCUGAGGACAGUCCAAGAUGUCUUAGUAAAAAACCCCGACCAGUAGCUGUUCGUGAGCGAACCGUGAAGCUAGUCAAAGGAACUGGCAAUUAUCCCUGGGGAUUCCGAAUUCAAUUCUCCAAACCAAUCGUGGUAACUGAAGUGGAUGCUAACAGCGCCGCUGAGGAGGCUGGGCUCCAGAUCGGAGAUGUGGUGCUGGCUGUCAAUGGCACCGAGGUCACUAGUUUGGAGCAUGCAGAAGCUGUGCACCUUGCAAGGAAAGGUCCAGACAUCUUGACUCUGGUGGUGGGAUCUGACAUCAGCCGCUGUCCCAAUACCCCUUGGCCUACCUGCCGUGGCUACUUACAUAAGAGGACUCACUCCGGGUUCAUCAAGGGUUGGAGGAAGCGGUGGUUUGUGCUGAAGCAUGACAGCUGCCUCCACUAUUACAGACAUAAGAAGGUAAACUAAGGGGAAAGGAAAGGGCUGGAGUGGGUAAGAACAAUAAACCUUGGGAGAUGCAGCAAGUCCGUUACCAAAGUAUUGUCUUUAUAAGGUACCAUGUAUGUUGUAGGAUUCUAGAAACAGUUUUCUUUCCUAUGACUUUUAAAGAACUCUUCCUUCUUCAGAGGUUCAGAGAAUUGUAAUUUAUUUUCUCUGCUGCUGCAUAAAUCAAUGCUGACAUAAGUUUCUAUCUCAUUUACUCUUAUUUUCAGAUCCUCUGUGAAAACUUCCUUACCAAAGCCAAGGAAAUAAGAACCAAGUUGUAUAUCUAGUACCCUAGAGAAAUAAUGUUGGGCUAAGGCAAAGCAUAGCUAACAUCUUGCCAGACCAUGGGGCCUGAGCACUGUUUCCCAGGUUACAGGGAUUGAUGUUAGCAAGGCUUUUGAAGCAGAGCAUCCCAGAAGCCACAUGGAAUACUUUGUUUCAUUUCCCAGAUUUCAUUAGAGCUGUGAUUUCUAAAUAUUGGUGAAAGUUGGAAUCUUCUGGUGAAUGUUCUCAAAAUAUGAGACCAGUCCUUUUCCUAGAAGUUUCUUAUCAAGUCUGGGAUGGGGCCUGGGCCUAUGCACCUAGAGAAAGCACUCCAGGUGAUUCUUGUGUGCAGUUCAGACAAUCAAUCUGAAGGCUAUGUCUUGUCAGCAGAAGUACUUUCUUAGUCCAAUACAAUACAGUAUUUAGUUUUUUUUAAAAAAAAAAUCAUAUUCAAACACCGUAAAUAUCAGAUUUUACAUAGAAAUCCCAAUUUCAAACUUCUCAUGAAAAAUCCUCUAGCAGCAGUUGGUAGGAGCUGAGUCAUGACUCCUUCCUUUAGGAAGCAUAAGAGCUGUCCAGUUCAAAACAAAGUCCACUACCUCCUGUGUCCUCUGCCUGUUGGCUUCUCUCCAAACUGCCUGUGACCCAUCUCUAAUAAGUGUGGAAAACAAGAAUUUGGGUUAUUUACCUUAUUCAUGACACAAUCUUAUUUGUCUUAUCUUUAUUUUAUAUUGCCCCGGUUUCUGAAUUUUAAGCUUUUUUAUGUAUGUAUUUUAUAUUUUUAAUAUAUAUAUAUCAAUAAACAAAUAUAUUUUUUAAAUGAGGAGUAAUUUUGCAUAUUGACUCAUUGUGAAGACUCCGUAUUCCUAGACUGUGAAUUACAUUUGUGACAUAGACCAGGAGGUGCCUGCCUUUCAUAGCAAUGUAAGCCAUACAGCUACUCUGAAAAAACUUUGUCUCCCUCCAGUGCAGGAAAAUAGGAUUCUCUGUAAUCAGGAUGAGAAAUGAUGGUCUAUCCUUGUUUUCUGUAUUUGAGUAAUAAAGUGGAACAGACAAAAAGGUUCCAACCUGGGUAUGCUUCAGAAACCCCUGAAGAGUUUUCCAAAGUACACAUCCCCCUGAGUAGGGUCCUAGAAACUGUAUGUUCUCUUGCGAGUUUUCAAGGUAAUUCUGGAAGAACUGAUUUGUAACCUAGAUGAGUCCUGAAGCAAAGAUUAUUCUUACCUCAGUCAGAAGACAAAAAUAAAGACAAUAAGGCAAGCUUACCAAAUUUUCUUUCAUGGAAUAGACAGUUCUUUACCCUGAAAUUGUGUCCUUCCUACCUCUCAGUGAUUUUUUUUAUCCUCUUGUGAAAGAGUGACAGUAGUGGUUACUAGUUUUUCUUUAAUGGCCUUCCUCAGCAAAACAAACAUAUAAAGAAACCUUAUGUUGAGCAUCCCAAAUUUUAAAAUUCCUGGUUCUUGAAAUUCAGAAUAUUUCCUGAAGGAGUGUCUUUAAGUGUGGGCUUGCCAGGGGGCAAUCAUGGAAGUGGUGCUGCCUCCAGAUGUUGUAUUUGGCUUGCACGACGUUUUCAUAAAUUUUAAAAUGAAAUGCAUUCAGGUGAAGCACGUGCUGUCCAAUCUGCCAUAACCCCUACUAUUCCUUAUUUCCUUAUACUGAAGCCAGUCAUUUAAAUAACUCAGGAGGCCCUGUAGGGACUUCAGUGUAUGAAUCUGGGGGUAGAAUUUAGGUGAAAAUUUUGAAAUGUGGUAGUAGAGUGAUUAAAAUUAAAGUGGAUUAAAAAAAAACUGUUUCUAGUCCUCUUGGAAAAGAAAUGUGUAUUUUUAGUAAGUAUGGACACAGCUAAGAAAAAACCAUCCUGAGUGACUGCAGUUGGUGAGCACCACUGCCACAACAGGUUUUACAUGGAGACAGUAGAAUAUAAAAAUACAGCUUUGUUUAUAAAGAGCCAAAAUCUGAUCCCUUGUAGUACUACAAAUUCCAGAAUAUUAGUUUUGAUCUUUAGAAGAGAUAGCAAUGACAGAGGGUCAUAAUAAAAACAAUAAAUUAGGAGUUCCCGUCGUGGCGCAGUGGUUAACGAAUCUGACUAGGAAC